AUGGCUCCACGAACUCCAGCUGAUAAGUUGGGUCAUGGUAAAACUUUAGAAAUACCUCAAUAUGAUGAUGAUGAUGAUUCUUCUUCAAUAAAUUCAAAUACUCCAUUAAAUGAAGAUGAUCAUACAAAACAAAAAUCAACUACACAAUCACAACAACCACAGCAGUCACAACAACAACAACAGUCUCAAUCUCAAUCUCAACUUCAAAAUAAAAUUUCAGUAGAUACAACUAGACCAAUUCAUAAACUUUCAAAUAAUCCUACUUCAUUAUCAUUACAUAAAUUAGCAUCAAGAAUUUCAACUUCAAAUUCAAAAAAACAUUCAGAUUAUAAUAUAACACCAGCAGAAUUAAUUCCAUUACAUGAUCCAAAAUCAUUAAAAUAUCUUUAUGAAAUUGGAGGAUUUGAUAAAUUAUGUAAUUUAUUAAAUACAAAUUUAAACAAGGGGUUAGAUAAUCAUAAUUCCAAGGAUUUAGAUAUAAGAAGAUCAAAUUUUGGUAUAAAUAAAUUACCUCAAAAAGUUUCAAAAUCUUUUUUCCAAUUAUGUUAUGAAGCUUUUAAAGAUAAAGUUUUAAUUAUUUUAUCAAUUGCUGCAAUUGUUUCUUUAGCUUUGGGUCUUUAUGAAACUUUUGGUAGUGGUACUCAUUAUGAUGAUGAAGGUAAACCUUUACCAAAAGUUGAUUGGGUUGAAGGAGUUGCUAUAUUAGUUGCUGUUUGUAUUGUUGUAUUAGUUGGAGCAGCAAAUGAUUAUCAAAAAGAAAGACAAUUUGCAAAAUUAAAUGCCAAGAAGGAAGAUCGUGAAUUAAUUGUUAUUAGAAAUGGUGAACAAAAAUUAAUUUCAAUUUAUGAUUUAUUAGUUGGUGAUAUUAUAAAUUUACAAACUGGUGAUGUUGUACCUGCUGAUUCUAUAUUAUUUCAAGGAGAAGUUGAAUGUGAUGAAAGUGCAUUAACUGGAGAAUCUGAAACUAUUAGAAAAUUACCUGUUAAAGAAUGUGUGGAAAUUUAUGAAAAAAAUUUACCAACUGAUGAAGACAUAGGUAGUAAAAAUAUAAAAUUUAAAGAUCCUUUUUUAAUUUCUGGUUCAAAAAUUUUAUCUGGAUUAGGUAAUGCAAUGGUUACAGCAGUUGGUUCAAAUUCAAUUCAUGGUAGAACAAUGGCAAGUUUAAAUGUUGAAGCAGAAACUACUCCAAUGCAAGUUAGAUUAGAUAAUUUAGCUGAAGGUAUUUCAAAAUAUGGAUUUUUAGCUGCAAUUAUAUUAUUUAUUGUUUUAUUUAUAAGAUAUUGUGUUGAUAUUGCUCCAGGUGGAAUUUUUCAUAAUUUAAAAUCUGCUGAUAAAGGUAAAAAAUUUAUUGAUAUUAUUAUUACUGCUGUUACUAUAGUUGUUGUUGCUAUACCUGAAGGUUUACCAUUAGCUGUUACUUUAGCAUUAGCUUUUGCAACUACAAGAAUGGCUCAAAAUGGUAAUUUAGUUCGUGUUUUAAAAAGUUGUGAAACAAUGGGAGGAGCAACAGCUGUAUGUUCAGAUAAAACUGGUACAUUAACUGAAAAUAAAAUGAGAAUUGUUAGAGGAAUAUUUGGAUUAAAAAAUAAUGGAGAAAUUUUAGAAUUUUGUGAUUUAGCUGAUAAUAAAUAUAAUGAACCAACUUCAAAAGAAAUUAUAAAUGAAAUAACACCAGAAAUGAAAAUUUUUUUAACAACAAAUAUGAUUUUAAAUUCAACAGCAUUUGAAAAUUCAGAUUAUGAUGAAACAAAAGUAUUAGAAGCUAAACAAAGACCACCACAAAAAUCAUUUUUCCAUAGUUUAUUUAAAAAACAAAAUAAAUCUCAAUUACAAUUAGGUAUGGUUGAUGAACCUUAUUUAGGUAAUAAAACAGAAUCUGCAUUAUUAUUAUUAGCAAAUAAAACUUUUGGAAGUUUUUUAUCAAAAUCAUUAGAAGAAAUUAGAAAAGAAAAUCAAUCUGAUAUUGUACAAAUUAUACCAUUUGAAAGUUCAAGAAAAUGGGCUGGAAUUGUAAUGAAAAUUGAAAAUGGUUUUAGAGUUUACGUAAAGGGAGCAGCUGAAAUUAUAUUUAAAAAUUGUGGAUUUGAAAAUAGUGAAAAUGGAGAUUUAAUUAAAUUAGAUAGAACAAAAAGAGAUUCAAUAUUAAGUAAAAUUGAUGAAUAUGCUAAUGAUGCUUUAAGAGCUAUUGCUUUAGGUCAUAGAGAUUUUGUUGAUAUUAAAAAUUGGCCUCCUUCAAAUUUAUCCCUCAAAGAAAAUCCUCAAGAAGCUGAUCCUUCUAAAAUUAUUGAUGUUUCAUCAAGUGCAAGUGAAAUUAAUAAACAAUUUAUAUUAGAUGCAUUAGUUGGUAUUCAAGAUCCUUUAAAACCUGGAGUUGCUGAAGCAGUAAGACAAUGUAAAAGAGCAGGAGUUACAGUUCGUAUGGUUACUGGUGAUAAUUUAAAUACUGCAAAAGCAAUAUCAAAAGAAUGUAAUAUUUUAACUCCUGAUGAUUUAUCAAAUGAAUAUGCUUAUAUGGAAGGUCCUCAAUUUAGAAAAUUAUCACAACAAGAAAGAAAUAAAAUUGUACCUCAAUUAAAAGUUUUAGCAAGAUCAUCACCAGAAGAUAAAAGAAUAUUAGUUGAUACUUUAAGAAAAAAAGGUGAUGUUGUUGCAGUUACUGGUGAUGGUACAAAUGAUGCUCCAGCAUUAAAAUUAGCAGAUGUUGGAUUUUCAAUGGGUAUAGCAGGUACAGAAGUUGCAAGAGAAGCUUCAGAUAUUAUAUUAAUGACUGAUGAUUUUACUGAUAUUGUUCAAGCUAUAAAAUGGGGUAGAACUGUUGCUACAUCAAUUAAAAAAUUUAUUCAAUUUCAAUUGACUGUUAAUAUUACUGCAUGUGUUUUAACAUUUGUUUCUGCUGUUGCUUCUUCAGAAAAUCAAUCUGUUUUAACUGCUGUUCAAUUAUUAUGGGUUAAUUUAAUUAUGGAUACUUUAGCUGCUUUAGCUUUAGCAACUGAUAAACCAGAUGAUUCAUUUUUAAAUAGAAAACCAGCAGGUAGAACAGCUCCAUUAAUUUCAACAUCAAUGUGGAAAAUGAUUUUAGGACAAUCAAUAACUCAAUUAAUUAUAACAUUUAUAUUACAUUUUGCAGGUAAACAAUUAUUUUACCCUGGUCAAUCUCAUAUAAGUAAUCAUCAACAAAAACAAUUAGAUGCAAUGACUUUUAAUACAUUUGUUUGGUUACAAUUUUGGAAAUUAUUUGUAACAAGAAAAUUAGAUGAAGCAGAUGAAAUUAAAACUAUUAGAGGUAGAAUUACAUGGGAAAAUUUAAAUUUUUUUCAACAUCUUUUUAGAAAUUGGUAUUUUAUAACUAUUGCUUUAAUUAUUGGUGGUUUUCAAAUUUUAAUUAUGUUUGUUGGUGGUGCUGCUUUUAGUGUUGCAAGACAAACUCCAGGAAUGUGGGCAACUGCUAUAUUAUGUGGUUUCAUUUCAAUUCCUGUUGGAUUAUUAAUUAGAAUUAUACCAAAUUAUUGGGUUGAAAAAAUUUUCCCAACAAAAGCAUUUAAUAAAUUUAUAUAUAUUGUUGGAUUUAAAUGGGUUAGAAGGAAAAAAAAUAAAGAUUUAGAGUUUAAUCAUGAAGAUGAUGAAGAUGAAAGAAAUGGUGAUUUAAGUAGUAAUAAUAAUAUUGAAAUAUCUCAUGAGAAUACUACUAAUUUACCUCAUCAUAAUAGUUUAGAUAGUGAUGAUGGUAAUGAUCAUUUAAAUGAUAAAUUAAGUGGUGAUAAAUGA